GUAGAGGAACUAGUUAUGAAUUUAAUUUCGAAGUUACUAUGGAUAAAAAGGAUACACAGAAAAAGGAUGAGAAAAAAGGUCAGACCGAUAAGAGUGAAGAAGUUGAAAAGAGAGAAAACUUGGAUGACGAAAAGUGUGGUAUCGAUGGAGUCUGUUCUGAGGAAAGUAAAAGUAAAGAAGAUGGAAAGAUCAAGUCUCAAGAGCGCGAUGAAUU